AGACCUUCUCUUCUGGAGCCAUAGGGGACAGACAUCGGACUUACUUUCCCAUUAGCGGAAUACCUAAACGAUUUUAAGUAUAUUCCGGUCUCCUUAAUCCCCUCAUUGAAAAGGCUUUGAGUUGUUUGUGCUGCUAACAAUCACCAUGAAGUGGGGCUGGGUGUUUUUAGGGUUCUCCUUUCUCUCUUUGGGGACUCUGUCUUUGGGGGAGAAGGGCUUGGAGAUCCCUGAGUAUGACGGCAAAGACCGCAUCCAUACCCUCACUGCCAAGAACUAUAAGUCCAUCAUGAAGAAGUACGAUGUGAUGGUGAUCUACUACCACAGAAAUGUGGAUGGGAAUCGAAGCGCCAUGAAGCAGCAUCAGAUGGAGGAGCUGGCUUUGGAGCUUGCAGCCCAGGUUCUAGAUGAAUUCGAAGAUGAGGACAUCGGAUUCGGACUGGUGGAUGAAAAGAAGGCCUCUGCUGUUGCCAAGAAGCUAGGUCUAGAUGAAGUCGAUAGCAUCUAUAUCUUUGCAGACAAUGAGAUAAUUGAGUACGAUGGGGAGCUGGCUGCAGACACCCUUGUUGAGUUCCUAUAUGAUGUGAUUGAAGAACCUGUGGAGAUCAUCGACAACGACCGAGAGCUGAAGGGUUUCUACAACAUGGAUGAUGUCAUCAAACUGGUUGGGUACUUUAAGAGCGAGAGAUCCCAGCAUUUCAUAGAGUACGAUGAUGCAGCUGAAGAGUUUCACCCUUUUGUCAAAUUCUUCGCAACAUUUGACCCCAAGAUUGCUAAAAAGCUAAAACUAAAUCUGAACGAAGUGGAUUUCUAUGAACCCUUCAUGGACGAACCCGUAACUAUUCCAGGAAAGCCUUACAUUGAGUCUGAGCUUGUUGAAUACAUCGAACAGCACGACAGACCUACUUUGAGGAAGCUCCAACCUCACAGCAUGUAUGAGAUCUGGGAAGAUGAUAUUAAUGGAGAGCACAUAGUUGCUUUUGCUGAAGAGGAUGAUCCAGAUGGUUUUGAAUUUCUGGAAAUCCUGAAGGAAGUAGCACGUGACAACACUGACGACCCCAACCUCAGCAUCAUUUGGAUCGACCCAGACAAUUUCCCCCUGCUGGUACCAUACUGGGAGAGAACGUUUGGUAUCGACCUAUCGUCUCCUCAGAUUGGUGUCGUCGAUGUAAAGGACGCUGACAGCGUGUGGAUGGAAAUGGAUGAUCAGGACGACAUGCCGACAGCUGAUGAGCUGGAACACUGGAUUGAGGAUGUUCUGUCUGGAAAGAUUGAUCCUGAUGAUGAUGAUGACAAGGAUGAUGAUGAUGACGAAGAUGAUGAUGAUGACGAUGAUGAUGAUGACGAUGACGAAGAUGAUGAUGAUGACGAUGAUAAUGAUGACGAAGAUGAUGAUGAUGACGAUGAUGAAGAUGAUGAUGACGAUGACGAAGAUGACGAUGACAAAGAUGAUGAUGACGAAGAUGAUGAUGAUGACGAAGAUGAUGAUGACGAAGAUGAUGAUGAUGACGAAGAUGAUGAUGACGAAGAUGAUGAUGAUGACGAAGAUGAUGAUGACGAAGAUGAUGACGAUGAUGAAGAUGAUGAUGACAAUGACGAAGAUGAUGAUGAUGACGAUGAUGAUGACGAUGAUGAAUAAUUGUUUGUCUUUUCCGUCACUUUGCCAUUAUUGGAGAUACACCAAAGUAUUUCCAUUAAUAUAAAACAUCUUGCAGCAAAAAGAUUCGUCUUUUUGUUUCAUGCAUGUUUUCCCAUACUGGGCUGUUGUAAUGACCCGAUGGGAAACACUGUCACUUAGGAAGGAGGCUUCCAGUAAAACAAGAGGAUUUUCUCAUGGAAGGCUUGGAGGGUUCACAUUUAAGAUAACAAUGGUAUAUGUCCUUUUUUAUUGCCAAUCUCCCACUUCUGGACAAUAAAUGUCAAUAAAUGUAAAAUCAGUCAGAAACAAACUUCUUAAAGGGUUCAGUAUUCCAUUUAUCCGUUUCUCAUUUUCUUAAGUUUACUAUUACCUUGUUCCACUGAUAAUGAAAACAAACUCAUUAUUGUUACAGCUUGAAAUUAAGAAAUACAAUUUCACUGGACAGUCUUAAAAUCAAUAAAUCAAUCUUGAAAAAUGUAUGUUGUGGGCAAUAAACUUGAGAUCAUUUUC